AUGAACAAAUUAAGAUAUCCAAGUAAAUGUAGAAAUACUCUUAAAUUGAGGAAUAUUGACACAUACAUUGAACAACCGCAUCAUGAUAAAGACAAGACAAUGUGUUCAAAAGAAAGAACUUAUUAUUCGCAAGUUAAAUGGAAAAAUUCUUGUGCAUCAUUAUCAAAAGUUAAAGAACAAAAAAAUUGUUAUAAUAAAAUAUAUUGUUAUAAAGAUAAUAAAAUUCAAUAUGGUGUUUGUAAAAAUCAUAAAGCCAAUGGAUAUAUUUUAUUAACUAAUGUAUCUAUACCACAUAAUUUAAAAGGAGCACACAAUAAUAUGAACAAGACAAUCCAAUUAAACACUAAAAUAAACAAACAUUCCAAUAAAAAUGAAAAUAUAUUUAUAUGUAAUAUAUGUUAUUAUAUAAACGAAAUGAAUGAACAAAUGAAAAAGAAAAAAAAACAAACUACAGUUUAUAACCUUGAAUUUAAUAAUUUAUCAGAAUAUCAAAAUGAUGAUGAAAAUACUAAAAUUACCAAAACAAACAAAACUAGCUAUGUACACAUGCUCAACAAUAAUUGUCAACAAAUUCAAAAAGAUAAUAAAAUAAUAGAAGAAAAAUAUUCAAAGCAUUCCCCUUCCAUUAAAAAAAAUUUAUUCAAAUUUUUAAAUUCUAUAUUUAGUAUGAAUUAA